UAUUCUGGAUUUCCUCGACCUCAUCAAUCAAGCCCUUUAACUUUGUAUACUCCGUUUUUGUCCAAUCCUACGUUGAGCGGUGUUGAGGAUGCACCUUUAGAGCACCUGAAAGAAAAUUGAGAGAAAGAGAAAAAGAAAGAGAGAGAGAGAGAGAGAGCUCAAUUAUAUUCGAUCGAAGUAGUUCCCGUACGAUUAUGCAACUCUAAAUUGUUUAGGUUUCCCUUAGCAUCGAGCAGCAGGCGAUUGGCGGGGACAUUGGCCGGCUCGGCGGUAAGAGGUUUUCUUUCUCCCCGCACUCUUCCACUGUGUGUCCGAGCGAGGUUCCACGCUUCCGGAUUUUCGCGCAGUCUCUCCUCUUCUUCCCAGUGUGCUCUCGAAAACCCUCAAGAUGAAUCGUCUAAUGAAGAUCCUCCGGAGCAAGGAGACCCGCGAAUACUUUAUGAGCACGCACUUUUGGGGGCCGGUCGCCAAUUGGGCGAUACCGAUCGCUGCCAUUUCCGAUAUCCAGAGGGACCCCAAGUUUAUUAGCGGUAAAAUGACCUUUGCAUUAUGCUUAUACUCAGCAAUGUUUAUGAGAUUUGCAAUCAAGGUGCAGCCACGCAACAUGCUUCUGUUUGCCUGCCAUUUUGUCAAUGAGGGUGCACAAAUUACACAAGGCUAUAGAUUUAUAAAUUAUCAUUACUUCAGUAAGGAGCAGCAGUAAGCCAAAGUAAUAUUCAUUUGCCAAAGUGAUUCAUUUUUGUUAAUAACAAAUCAUAUUAUUUAUAUAUAUAUAUAUAUAUAUAU